AUGCCCAGCUCUACUGCAAUGGCAAUUGGAGCUCUCUCGAGUUCUCUUCUCGUAACCUGCUGCCUCAUGGUUGCCCUCUGUAGCUCCACCAUACCUGUACAAAAACUGGCCAAGGCUCAAGACAAACAGGAGAUAAAGGCGAGCCAGGAAAAGAGGGAUCACACGUCUACAAGGGACAGCCAGGCAGGCCCGGGGAAAAUGAAUGAGAUCGGCAGGAGCAGGAGGGAGGAGGGUGGCAGGGACUGGAAGAGCAAAGGAAACAGGAACUACUCGAACAAGGAGUCUUGGACUAAGCAAAAGCAGGCGUGGAACAGCCAGGGGACGAGCAGUAAAUCCGGGAGCAUUCAAGUGCAAGAGCAAAGGGACGCCGCUGCCGAGGAACCUCAGGUGGCUGAAGAUCCGUCUCUCCCAGAAGCUGUUGCGAGCGUCACCCCCGAGCCUCCGGAGGAGUACGCCUACCCGGACUACCGUGGGAAAGGCUGCGUGGACGAGAGCGGCUUCGUCUACGCCAUCGGGGAGAAGUUUGCGCCGGGCCCCUCCGCCUGCCCCUGCCUCUGCACUGAAGAGGGCCCACUGUGCAUACAGCCCGAGUGCCCCAGGCUCCACCCUCGCUGCGUCCAUGUGGACACCACGCAGUGCUGCCCGCAGUGCAAGGAGAGGAAGAACUACUGCGAGUUUCGAGGGAAGACCUACCAGACCCUAGAGGAGUUCAUGGUUUCUCCGUGCGAGAAGUGUCGCUGUGAAGCCAAUGGAGAAGUGCUGUGCACUGUCUCAGCUUGUCCCCAGACGGAGUGCGUGGACCCGGUGUAUGAGCCCGAUCAGUGCUGUCCUAUCUGCAAAAAUGGCCCGAACUGCUUUGCAGAAACCACUGUCAUUCCAGCAGGCCGGGAGGUGAAGACUGAUGAAUGCACUAUAUGUCACUGUACUUACGAAGAAGGCACUUGGAGAAUCGAACGGCAAGCUAUGUGCACUAGACAUGAAUGCAAACAAAUAUAGGCAACCUACGAAUCUAAGUACUUUUUGUGGUUUUUAUAAAAUGUCUCACUGCGGUGAGCACCCUAGAUGACCCAGGGAAAUCUGAACGAGAAGAUUCUGGCGAGGAGCAAAGAACGAAGUAUUGAUAUUUUGGUUUUCGAAGUUAAUAUAACACUGCAAGGCAAAAAAGUGCAUAUAUUUAAAACAUUUGGACUUAAGAAUACUUGUCUUAAUAAAUGUGUUAUUUUCACAGUGAGUACACUAAAAUACACUCUAUAAAAUAUUAUAUGUAUUUCUAUGAUACUAUUAUAGAGCUUAAAAAUAAAUGUUUUAUAUAGACAAUACAGAUUAAAGUACUGUA